GCGUGCCGUGAUAAACCAAUCAGUGGGCGGAAUAUUGACGUAUUGUUAGCCAAUCAGCGCUUGUCCUAACUAGCAUAUGCAAAUAUCUCAUUAAAAUUAAGUUGUCGUCUUACUGGGAAUAUUUUCUAGAAAAUAGAUAAUCAGAAAAAGCGAAAGUUAGAGUUAAAGUUCAUCAACACGUCGUAACAAUUAAAAGGAGCUUUCAUAAGCACGUGUGAUAUCAAAAGAAUAAAAAUAGUUUGAUUAAUUGACUGUACUUUUAUUCAGAUAAGUAGAUCUACAAGUGUUGAUUAAAACAUACUAUUUUAUGGAUUUAUUAAAAAUUGAGCAAUAUGCUCAAUAAACAUUAUUUAUGACAAUGUCUGUUUAAAUAUCUUGUGCAUUGAUAAAAACGAAAUUUAGAAAGAAAAAAAUAUGAUAUACUCAGUUGACAUACUUCAUCUGUCGAAUUUAUGUAACUAAACGAAAUCGCGACACUGUGACAAUACUUACUGAGAUUCAUCGAAGCACGGACGGCACGUGCCAAGCGUGCAAGAGGAAAUGCAAUUGGAUAUGGAUUGCCAUGAAGACGGUUACACGUCCGAGUCGUCCUCGCACAUGGAUUUAUACCCGCCGGCAUCCCCAUCCAGAGGUCUCCCCUUCGGUUUGUUAAAGACCGAUGACGACAUAUGUUUCGGCUGCGGAUUACACAUUACCGACAGAUUUAUUCUCAAAGUCAACGACCAAUCUUGGCAUGUGGCUUGUCUCAGAUGCUGUGUGUGUCAGACCGCCCUUGACCGACAGACCACGUGCUUUAUCCGAGAAGAUAACAUCUAUUGUCGAUUGGACUAUGCUAGGGAAUUCGGUGCAAAGUGUUCCAAAUGUUACCGUUCGAUACAACCUACAGACUGGGUGAGGCGAGCACGUGAUCACGUGUACCAUCUCGCAUGCUUUGCCUGUGACUCGUGCAAACGUCAGUUGUCUACGGGGGAGGAGUUUGCUCUCCAUGGUAACAAAGUGCUGUGUAAACCACAUUACUUGGACGUUCUAGAAGGUGGCAACCAUAAAGAUUCCGAUUCUUCACAAAAGACAAAGACGAAGCGAGUUCGGACUACUUUCACCGAGGAACAGAUUCAAGUACUUCAAGCCAAUUUUCAGCUAGACUCGAAUCCAGAUGGUCAAGAUUUAGAAAGGAUAGCCCAGAUUACUGGCCUCAGCAAGCGCGUGACUCAAGUCUGGUUCCAGAAUUCACGCGCGCGUCAAAAGAAGCAGCAACAACAACAUAAUGGGAGCCAUUCGAGUCCUGGAUCGUUGUCAUCACAAAAAAUGGAGCUAGAAGUUGAAUGCCACUGGGGUAACACAUCCGACAGCCAGGAUAGCAAUAAUGUCUCGUUUUCAGACUGAGCAUGCGCAGUCACGUUACUUAGACACGUGCACAGUCUAACCAAUAUGGCGACCAAGCACAGUAAAAUGUCAACCGCGUCUUGACCUUCACGGCGCUUGUGGAUAGUUGUAAACAAUUACAAAAACACUAACCUUUGUGCACUUUAGCAAUAUAUGUUGAACAGACAACUUGAAGCAGGCUAUUGGAGGACACAUGCAUUAAUGUUGUGUUUCGACCUUUUCGUCGGAAAGGCGCUCAUCGCUUUGUACACGAUAUGAUGUGCAUAUAAUGCGAAGGGAAAGCUCGGAUAGCGUUGAAGACACACUCAAUUGAACAUUUACAUUUACUUGUACGAAAAUAUCUUGUGUUUCGAGCUUAUAGUUGAAAGGAAAAACUUCAAUGCAUUUGUUUGCUCCCUGUGCGACACGUGAGAGAGACAACAUGGAGUCGUAUGUGUUAAAUACGUCAACAUAUUGUUGUUUUUUUUUCGAUCUUUUUGCCUCUCAGUCCGAGGGAAAAGUAUUCGUUGUUUCAUUUAAAUUAACCGAGAGAUUACAUGUGCAGAAAAGGUAGUUGAGAACAAACGGAUAUCCGAGGACAUUCAUUCAUAUUUUGAGGGUUUUUUUUUGUUUGUUAAAGAGCGAUGCAAGUUGCUUUAUUUGUGUUUAAGACUGGGCUAUAUAUGGAAGAUAAUAUCUACAGCAUUAUCAUCUGGCAGCCACACUAGUUUGAAGAUUAUCAUUAUGGUAGUACAUGUACAUUGUGUUAGAAGUUUUGUAGUUGUAAUCAAUUGUUAUUUAUAUUCAAUGGUACAAAGAUUGUUCCUUUCACAGUAAACAAACACUUAUAUAAUGAUUAAUCAAUUUAAGAUGUAAUGGAAACAAAACUGGAAGGUAAAUACUAUUUGGCAAAAGGCACCCUAUGUGUCUGAUAUAAGUUUUAAUUCUACACAAGAUGAGACGAGAUUAAUGCACGAAAAUGUACGAAAGUGUGUCUUUCUUCAUGCGAAGCUGUAAAAA